GAAAUUCACCAAAUUUUUGACAACUCCGCUACUGCGUGGUGAAUAAAUCAGCCCCCGUUUUCGCAUUCACGAGUAUUUUACGCAGCUCGUACGAGAAAAUCAAUUCAAGCCAACAUGUUGGGUCGCGUCGCCACCGUUUCCCGUUCCGGAAUGACCAACCUGGUCCGCUACUCGCACUCCCACGGUGGAAUUCCCGGCGAGAACCUGCCCUUCAGCCUCGGAAACCGGUACAAGAUGACCGCUAUGUUCAUUGCGUUCUUCGGUUCCGGACUGGGAUUGCCGUUCUUCGUUCUGCGGCACCAGCUGCUUAAGAUGUAAAUCUUUACGCUCGGAAUGUAGACACAACUGACUGUGACUCGUUUGGUUAAGGUGUUGAGCUUUAGAGAGUCAAAAGGUGUUGAACCGGUAGGUUCGAUUCCUUGGCAAAAAUUUGAAUGUAAGAAAUAAAGUCAGAUGAACGUAUAAA